UGUGACAGUCACUCAAGGUUAAAGUGCCAAUACUGCCAGGAAAAAUAAAGACAGUCUUUAAUAAGGCACCAACCAACAUUAUGGUACAACAGUUUUACCAGAGGACAACAAUAAUAAUAUAAAACUGAUCAAGCUAUUUAAGCUCCAGGCGUCAAGCAACCGCGUCAUUAUCAGAGAUACAUUUCCUCGUCGAAGGACAACUGUUGUGAUUUGACAAACCAGAUUCAGCGCUUUCUGUGGAAUAAGAGAAAAUGUCCCUGUCUGGCUGGGUGUGUGUGGUAACAGGUGCCUCCAGAGGCAUUGGCAGGGGGAUAGCUCUCCAGCUGUCUGAGGCAGGAGCCACCGUCUACAUCACAGGGCGUCAGGAGAAGACUCUGAAACAAACUGCAGCAGAGGUUAAGGAGAGAGGUGGGAACUGUGUGCCAGUUAUCUGUGAUUCUACAAAAGAUGAAGACAUUGAAGGACUGUUUGAGCGGAUCAAACGUGAACAGAAUGGCAGGCUGGAUAUCCUCGUUAACAAUGCCUAUGCUGGAGUACAGGCUAUUUUCGAGAAUAUGGGGAAGAAGUUUUGGGAAACCGAUCCAUCUAUUUGGGAUUCCAUUAACAACACAGGCCUCAGGGGCCACUAUUUCUUCUCAGUUCAUGCUUCUCGGUUGAUGGUGGCUCAGGGUCGAGGUUUGAUAGUCAUGAUUUCAUCUGUGGGAGGGCUGCGGUACCUCUUCAAUGUGCCAUAUGGUGUUGGUAAAGCUGCGUGUGACAGGCUGGCAGCAGACAUGGCUGUUGAACUGAAAAGUAGGGGAGUGGCCUCUGUCAGCCUGUGGCCAGGGGCAGUACAAACAGAGCUGGUGUCUCAGUUCGUACUGGAGAGAGAUACACCACAGGGAGUCAAUUCUAAGUUUAAAGAUGUAUUUGCCAAUGGAGAAACCACAGAGCUGAGUGGGAUUUGCAUUGUCAACCUGGCAAAAGAUAAAAAUCUGAUGUCGCUGACUGGGAAAGUUCUAAUGACUUGUGACUUGGCAAGGCGCUACGGGAUACAAGAUGUUGAUGGGCGGAGUGUAGCUGAUUACACUUCCCUGAAAUUCCUCCUGACCCAGGUUCCGUACCUCUCCUGGCUCUCAGCUGUUAUCCCAUCAUUCCUACGCCUGCCACGCUUUGUGCUUACCCUGGCCAGUAACCGGUUCUAAAUAUUUCAUCUAUCAGUACUGAAGUGGCAGUAUCAUACUGUGCAGCAGAUCAUCUAAAUUCUUGCUAAAUCUAUAAAAGCCUUGCUAAUGGUUGUGGAUCAGAACCAUUACUGAUGGCUUAAAGGCAAAAAAAGCCAGGGGGAACAGAAGUAAACUAUUGUUUAGUUUUUUGAAGGAUUUUUUUAUAUUACUGCAUAUAUCCAUUCCUACUUGAGCAUUUAAUGAAUGUGAUUGUAUGAAGUUUUAGGUAAACAUAGUAAACAUGAAGAAUUCAUCAGCACAUUUUUGCUAUUUGAACACUAAAGUCAGCUGUGAGUGAAGCUACACAACGUGAAUCCUUAAUAUUAUAUGCAGUGUAUUUUUAUGUAUACAAAAUUACAUCUAAAGCUAAGUAUUACUCAUAUUAGAAACAUGGAAUUGUUCAUUUAUUUUUGCAUCUAUUUGUACAUGUAUUUGUUAUAUUUCUAUUAACCGCAUAUACAGAGGACACUACAACUAUUACCACUGUAUUUGACCAGCAGAUAACAAAUGGUAAAAUAAAGGGGUGUUAACUCACCUCUGUUUACACCUUUCAUUACUUUUUAUGAAGCAAGUAUUUAAAAAAAUAUGUACAUGAAUAAAGAGAGUUGAAUCCAUUGUAGGAAGAUUAA